CCUCUCUCACUAAUCGUUCACGUGAUCGCUCGACGCAUGUCGGGAAAGAACGAAUUUAAGAAGAAAAGGUCGUCGUUUCGUGUAUAACGAAAGGGUUUGUUUCUGGAAUGGCUUUAAGUUAUUCAAUUGUAUUACAGUUUUGCCAGAAAAGACGACGUUUCUUUUGUAUUAUCCGUGGUAGUUGAAGAAAUUUAUUUAUUAUUUACCCGUAAAUUUUAUUCACUAAUAAAUGGAUCCCGUUAGAAGCGCAUUGGUUCGCAAUUUGAAAGAACUUUUCGGCGAAAAAGCAAGAUAUGGAUUGUGUAUUAAUCAGUGUUUGUCUUAUGUACAUAACGGGCCCGAAUACAGCCAUCAGAGAGAAAAACUCCGCACCGUUCAGUCGUUUUAUAACCAAUCUGCCAUUGAUGUUGCCGCUGCAAAACCUUCAGUUCGAUUGACUCCAGCAACAAUUUUAUAUUCUGGACGAAGUCAAGAUAGUAGCCAUCUUCUAAGAAGUGCUCAAUAUUUGUAUAAAGAACUGCCAGUUCGCAUUGCACAUAGGGUUUCUGGUUUUCGCAGCUUGCCAUUUAUUGUUGGUUGCAAUCCAACAAUUCUUGCUGUGCAUGAACUUUAUAUCAGAGCCUUUUACAUGUUGACUGAAUUUCCUCCAAUAAAAGAAUUUGAUGCUGAGAAAAGAUAUGUAGAAAUGCUAAGAGGGUUGUUGGAAGACCAUAAAGAUGUUGUAACUCAGCUUGCAUCUGGAUUUCGAGAAUGUCGAAAACAUAUACAGAAUGAAGAUUUGAUAAGAAAUUUCUUAGAUAGAACAUUAACUUCGAGGUUGGGAAUUCGGAUGCUAGCUGAACAUCAGAUAGCUAUGCAUGAUGAAAAAGCAAAUCACGUUGGAAUAAUUAAUAUAGCUUUAAAACCAAAAGAGUUAAUUGAAAGUUGGGCAGACUUUGUUAGACAAAUUGCAAUGCAUAAAUACAAUAAAGCACCUCCGAUCAAAGUUAAUGGUCAUCUUGGAGCUACUUUUCCUUAUAUUCAAACUCCUCUUGAUUACAUACUACCAGAACUACUAAAAAAUGCUGUCAGAGCAACAAUUGAAAACAAUUUGGAUACACCAGAACAAAGUUUACCUCCAAUAACUAUAACAAUUGCCAACAAUGAUGUGGAUUUUAUAAUAAGAAUAUCUGAUAGAGGUGGUGGAAUUCCACAUCAUCUUUUGCCUCAUGUUAUGGAAUAUCAUUUCACUACUGCGGGUACAAGUACCGAUCAUCGUAUUGAUGGGGGUAUAUUUGGUUCAAUGAUGGUUGAACCAUCAGAAGGACCAGCUGCCGGUCCAAUGCAUGGAUUUGGAUUUGGUCUUCCAACAUUUCGAGCAUAUGCAGAUUAUCUUGGUGGUAGUCUCACUAUAGAAACAAUGCAAGGUAUUGGCACUGAUGUUUAUCUUCGUCUUAGACAUAUUGAUGGCAAGUACGAAAGUUUCAGAAUUUAACGCAAUAUGCAAUGCUAUGAGAUUUUAAUAUUAAUAUUAAGGUUGUCCAUAUCAGUUUAUUACGGUACCUUGAAUAUUUUAAUAUUGCACAGCUAUUUAUGAGUAGGAGCAUUUAUUUGUAAGUUUUUUUUUAACAACUGCCUGGAAUCUCAACUGUAUCAGUUUCUGAGUUUGACACAAUGUGUCAAGUAUGUGUUUGUUAAAGCAUCUCAGCAUUUGUGCUGUUUUUUUAUAUUUGAAACUGCCAAUCUCGGUUCUCCAUUGCAACUGUUCUUCCAUCUACUGAUAAAAAUCUGGAUGGAAUUAAAAUUUUGUAAAUUAAGAAUUUUUAUAUUUAAUUUAUCUAAAAAUUAUAAUAUACUAAUUUUAUUAUUUUGCAUUUAAAUAAAAUGCAAAUCCUCAAUUGGACAAUGAAUCUCUACAAUAAUACUAGAUUUGUCAUUGUGUCAGUUCAGAUGUGUAAUGGUAUAUUUAAACAAAAUGGCACCAUACAAAAUAUCGCAUACCACUUUUUUAAAAAUUUUAGAUAAGUGAAGUGCAAGAUGUUCCUGCAUCUUACAUUUUACCAUGUGAUAAUCUUAGAUCUGAAACCAUUUGUGAACUUGUGCUUUUGUAAUCUCACUUUUUUAUGUACAAAAUAUUUAGUAUUAUACAAUAUAUAUCAGCAGUUUCAUUUAUCAUGUAAAGUUUGAAAUAAAAAUAUUCUGUAUUUAAACUGAGUUUUGAA